AUGACUGUUACACCAAAUAUCACUAUCAGCGAUGGGAACCUUGUGGUUCAUGGGAAAACCAUACUCACCGGAGUCCCUGACAACAUCGUUCUGACCCAUGGAUCAGGGGUGGGGCUUGUUGCUGGUGCAUUCAUGGGUGCUACAACUUCACAUAGCAAAAGCUUGCAUGUCUUCCCUGUUGGUGUCUUGGAGGGUGUUCGCUUCAUGUGUUUAUUCCGUUUCAAGCUUUGGUGGAUGACCCAGAGAAUGGGCACCUCUGGGAAGGACAUCCCGUUGGAGACUCAGUUCAUACUCAUUGAGAGCAAAGACACAACUCAAGAGGAGGGUGAAGAUGUUCAGACCAUCUAUACUGUGUUUCUGCCCCUCCUUGAAGGCCAGUUCCGUGCUGUUUUACAAGGCAAUGAGAAGAACGAGCUGGAGAUAUGCCUCGAGAGUGGAGAUAAUGCUGUUGAAACCAACCAGGGACUUUACCUCGUUUACAUGCAUGCUGGGUCAAAUCCUUUUGAAGUCAUCAACCAGGCUGUGAAGGGUGUCCGCUUCAUGUGUUUAUUUCGUUUCAAACUUUGGUGGAUGACCCAGAGAAUGGGCACCUCUGGGAAGGACAUCCCGUUGGAGACCCAGUUCAUACUGAUUGAGAGCAAAGACACAACUCAAGAGGAGCGUGAAGAUGUUCCGACCAUCUAUACUGUGUUUCUGCCCCUCCUUGAAGGCCAGUUCCGUGCUGUUUUACAAGGCAAUGAGAAGAAUGAACUGGAGAUAUGCCUUGAGAGUGGAGAUAAUGCUGUUGAAACCAACCAGGGACUUUACCUUGUUUACGUGCAUGCUGGGACAAAUCCUUUUGAAGUCAUCAACCAGGCUGUGAAAGCUGUUGAAAAGCAUAUGCAAACUUUUCAUCAUCGAGAGAAGAAGAAGUUGCCCUCAUUCCUUGAUUGGUUUGGUUGGUGCACAUGGGAUGCUUUCUACACUGACGUUACUGCUGAGGGUGUUGAAGAAGGCCUUAAGAGCUUGUCUCGGGGAGGUACACCUCCAAGAUUCCUUAUCAUAGAUGAUGGCUGGCAACAGAUUGGUAGUGAGGUGAAGGAAGACCCUAAUUGUGUUGUACAAGAAGGAGCUCAGUUUGCGAACCGGCUAAUAGGGAUAAGAGAGAAUAAGAAAUUUCAAAAGAACGGAAAAACUAAAGAACAGGAUCCAGGCCUCAAACAUGUCGUGGAAGACGCCAAGCAGCAGCACCAUGUCAAAUAUGUGUACGUAUGGCAUGCACUAGCAGGUUACUGGGGUGGAGUGCAGCCUGCUGGUCCUGGUAUGGAGCACUACGACACAACUUUGGCUUAUCCUGUGCAGUCUCCAGGUGUACUCGGAAAUCAACCAGACAUUGUUAUGGACAGUCUUGCAGUUCAUGGCUUGGGUCUGGUGCACCCAAAGAAAGUCUUUAAUUUCUACAAUGAGCUUCAUGCGUAUCUGGCUUCAUGUGGAGUCGAUGGAGUCAAAGUCGAUGUGCAGAACAUCAUCGAAACUCUUGGUGCUGGCCAUGGUGGUAGAGUUUCUCUAACUCGUAGCUACCACCAGGCCCUUGAAGCUUCGAUUUCAAGGAAUUUUUCAGAGAAUGCAUGCAUUUCUUGCAUGUGUCAUAACACUGAUGGGAUAUAUAGUGCCAAGCAAACUGCAGUUGUUAGAGCAUCGGAUGAUUAUUACCCUCGUGAUCCUGCUUCUCACACCAUCCACAUUUCUUCCGUGGCUUACAACUCAAUAUUUUUGGGAGAGUUUAUGCAACCCGAUUGGGACAUGUUCCACAGCCUACACCCAACUGCUGAAUAUCACGCCGCAGCAAGAGCCAUUGGAGGAUGCGCAAUUUAUGUUAGUGACAAGCCAGGUAACCACAACUUCGAGCUUCUGAAAAAGCUGGUUCUUCCUGAUGGAUCAGUUCUUCGUGCACAAUUGCCUGGUCGACCCACAAUAGACUGUCUAUUUGCUGAUCCAGCAAGAGAUGGAGCAAGUUUACUUAAAAUCUGGAAUACGAACAAAUUUUCUGGAGUUGUGGGUACCUUCAACUGCCAAGGUGCUGGUUGGUGCAAGGUAGCCAAGAAGACACGUAUUCAUGAUGCCUCUCCCGACACUCUAACCAGUUCUGUUCAAGCCUCUGAUGUCAACACCAUAUCUCAAAUUGCUGGAUCAGAUUGGAACGGAGAUGCCGUAGUCUACGCAUACAGAUCAAGGGAGAUGGUUCGUUUACCAAAAGGCGCAUCUUUGCCUGUUACGCUUAAAGUUCUUGAGUAUGAACUCUUCCACAUAUGUCCCAUCAAGUAUAUUACGCCUGACAUUUCCUUUGCACCAAUUGGGCUGCUCGACAUGUUAAACUCCGGUGGUGCUGUGGAGUAUAUCGAAGUCCAGCUGGAUUCUGAAAAGAAAGUCGAACACUUUGAUGGUGAGGUUGCCUCCGAGUUAUCUGGUUCUUUAAGCAAAAGCUGGUCUCCAACAGCAACAAUUGCUCUCAAGAAGAGGAAAUGUUCAAAUGGCCAAUUGAAGUUCAAGUCUAAUCAGUUACUAAUGAUACUAUCAUCCUGA